AUGGGAUGGCAGAAAUAUAUCGCCGUUGCGGCUGCACUUUGGUUCGGUCAGGUUUUGUACACGACGUUCACAUCGCCUGUUUGGCUACCUCUGAAGUUUGCAAGCCUUACUGGGAAUCGUAUAUACUUCGUCCAUGAGCUGCAUCGGUUUUAUGACUCAGUUGUUCGCAUUGCUCCCAAUGAGGUAGACAUAUCCUCACUUGCUGGAUUCAGGGAAAUACAUCGCACUGGGUCACAAUUUCUGAAGUCAAAAUGGUCUGAAAAGUUCCUCUUCCUUAAGAAACCGGGAUUGCGCCGAGUCUGGGAGCUCGUAAUCAGGGAGAAGGUUCAGUUGGCAGUCUCCCAGAUUCUGCAGGAUCUGAAAGUGGAUGGCAAACCUGAUCUGCUCAAGUGGUGGAUGUUCCUUGGUACAGAUGUGAGUAGACAUCUAAUGUUUAGAGUGUCAUUUGACAUGCUUCACUUUGGCAAAAAAAUUCAUCAUAUACACGUACUAGAGUCCGCUACCAAGGGGUCUGGGGUCAGGGCAGAGUUUCCGUUGCUCGCAUGGCCUUUGUUGCCAUAUACCUCUUUCUUCCUUCCAGACUAUCGGAUGACUGGUAAUGCUAGUUUUAGCAUCUUUGCCGGCAUGGUGCAAGAAUCAGAGAAGAAUGGCAGCAUUAUUACGGAUGAAGACAUGGCAUCAGAGGCCGGAAGCCUUAUUGUAGCUGGUGUGGAUACUACUGCCGCCAAUCUAACGUGCCUUAUAUGGGCAGAAGUCAGGCUACCGUUACUUAACGCGGUCAUCAUGGAAGCAUUGAGGCUGUACGGGGCAGCGCCAAGAGGGCUACCUCGAGAUACGCCUGAAGGUGGAGCAAUGGGUGAGAAUAAUUAUGCAGAUGCCGAGAGUUUCAAUGUGGACCCUUGGCUCGCCACUGGAACGGACGCUUCUGAAGUCGCUAAGAAAGCGUUCACGUUUGGGGCCGGUAGGGUCAGACUGGGGCUGACCGCGACGUGA